GAUCGGUUCCUAUCCGAGCAAGGAUAACGAUUGUGGCUCAUUACCCGAAGUCGGUUCCGGCGACAUUUGGCAGUAUUAAAGGCCCAACUCUUGGACAUCUGUAGUAGUCUCGCAUCUUCCUUCUUGUCUGCGGUCAACAAAUACUUCAAUCCCUUGACCCUCCCCACAAUCCUUCCUCAUCAUGCGUCCAUAUGCCAUUUACGAGCACCCAGAUUUCAGCCUCUCCACUGAAUCAGUAUCAACGCUGCAAAAAAUCGCAGCAGCUCUGACUGCCGUCGCUGCAUCGAGUGCAGCUGUAUACGGUUAUAUCGUUCGCGUUGGUAUCAGGCAGGGAAGCUCGAUGCUUCUUUAGGAAGUCGAUGUGAUCCAUUCCUCACGGAACAGGCGAACAUGAGGCAUUGCCUCCUGUUGUCAGAAGAUUGAUUUGUACGCACACGAAGACUUCGAUAGAAGCAGGGCGCGGGAUAGUCAGACCCCGACCCGGAACGGAAGGCAACACUAGGGAUGUAAGAUAAGAGUGUACUAUCGGUGUAUGGGUAUAUGCAGCCACCGGAUGGACUUCAUUACUGAAUUCUUAUGUAUCAGUUAGAGCAUUUUGUUGUACAACCGUUGACCGAUAGAUUCCUUGUCAUUUUCAUAUCAUUCUUACUGGCGUUUAUAUAGAAGAUAGCAUUUUGAUUGUUUGUGUAAAGCU